UCGAGUCUCUGGUGUUGGACCGACUUUAUAUUUUGAAGAAUCAUUGACCUGACCAGACCAUCCAUCGUCUUCACCGCCCAAUUCUAACCUCAAUGGCGUCUCCGCCGCUCACGGUGGCGGUGGUCGGCGCCGGCGCGGCGGGGCUGGCCGCCGCCCGAGCCCUAAGGAUGGAAUCCCACAGAGUCGUGGUUUACGAGAAAUCGGGCCAUAUCGGCGGCACCUGGGUGUACGAUCCGCGGGUGGAGUCCGACCCGAUAGGACUCGACCCGGACAGGGAGACCGUACACAGCAGCCUGUACCGGUCGCUGCGGACGAAUCUGCCCAGGCAGCUGAUGGGGUUUUCGGACUACCCAUUUCCGAGAGGGGGAAAUGGAGAUCCGAGGACCUUCCCGGGUCACGAGGAGGUGCUCCGGUUUCUGACCGGGUUCGCCGCACAUUUUGGACUCAGUGAGUCGAUCCGGUUGGAGACGGAGGUGGUCCGAGUCGAGCAGAACAAGGACAAUGACGGGUGGGUCGUUGAGUCGAGGAGAAACGGGUCGAACUCGAACCCGUCGGUGGAGGAGGUAUUUGAUGCUGUAGUCAUCUGUAAUGGCCACCAUACCCGACCCAGAUCCGCUUCUUUUCCUGGCAUGGAAAAAUGGCCUGGGAAGCAAAUUCACAGUCACAAUUACAGGGUUCCAGAUCCAUUUCAGGAUCAGAUAGUAGUGAUAAUUGGAGAUGGAGCAAGUGCAGUAGACAUAGCCCUGGAAAUCUCCAAGGUAGCAAAACAAGUUCAUCUCUCAUCAAGAAACAUCAGCAAGCUGAAUGUGGUUCAGGUUCAGGUUCAAGACAACAUCUGGCAACACUCUGAGAUCGACUAUGUCGAUGGAAAUGGACAAGUAUUUUUCCAGGACAAGUCGUGUAUCCCGGCUGCGGACACCAUUCUCCACUGCACAGGCUACAAAUAUCAUUUCCCAUUCCUCAAAACGACGGACAUCAUCACCGUAGAUGACAAUAGAGUUGGCCCUCUCUACAAGCAUGUUUUCCCACCUCGUCUUGCUCCUAAUCUUUCCUUCGUCGGCCUCACCUAUUGGUCUCCUAUAUUUCUUAUGAUCGACUUGCAAGCAAAGUGGGUGGCUCGGGUUCUAUCCGGGAAGGCGUCUCUGCCACCAGAUGAGAUCAUGGUGGCAGAUGUUGAGGAACACUACAGGAAUAUGGACAUAAAAGGGAUCCCGAAGCGCCAUACCCAUUGCCUAUAUCACCAGUUUGAGUACUUAGAUUGGUUAGCAACUCAAGUGGGAUUAUCAGGGGUGGAUGCUCAAGUUCGAUCGACAUAUGAAAAUUACUACAAGUUUGUAGUUGAGAAGGGUGAAUGGCCAAAGAGAGAAUGGGAACCCAAUUAAACUUCAGUUCUACAUGUCCUGCGUUAUUGUAGGGUCUAGACCCAUACCAACCCCUUCUUGAGCUGAUUUGAUUACUUCAGAGUGUAGUCAUGUAUUCUAACUCAAACAAAGAAGAAGAAUCAUCAAUGUAGUAUUUAUUUUUUGAUCUAGUAUCCUACUUUUAUAUUGAA